AUGACAUCGCCGCGGACCUCUGGAGCAAAUAUAUCGGAAAAUCCACGGGAAACCCUGGUGGUGAUGCACCAAAACCUCAGUUCUACCAUCUCAUCGCCUCCUCACCGCAAACCCCGGCAGACGUUCGAGCAGGACUUGAAUGCGAUGUUGUCCGAGUUUGAUGAAGAUGGUCUAGAUGACGAUUUUCUUGAAUUUGCUGGGGCAGCUGGCAAUCAGCUUAAUCCCAUCCAUUCCGGAAUUUGUCCGUCUCCUAAUGCUCUACAGAAUGAAACGCUCAAAGCUUCAUACACCGUGCAUCUCCAACCUGAUCCUAGUAUCAAUUCCCCCAACAAACCUUAUAAGCACCCCAUGUCGCCCACCUCGCACGCCCAUACAAAUUCCGACGAUGUUGAAGAAUUUCACGAUAGUGACAACGAAUUCUCUGAGGCAAUGGAGCAAGUUCUCUCACGUUAUGACUUGAGAGAACAGACCAAUCCAAACAAACAGGAAAGCAGAAUUUUAGAAGGGUCCCUUACUCAUGACCUCGGAGAAGUAGCAGCUUCUAAGAAUGAAGCGGACACCUCUACCUUGGACAGAGCGACAUUCACUUCCGAUGACGAAUUCGAUGAGGAUAUCGACCUGGGGUCUAUUGGGAUUGCAUUGCAAAAGACUGCUGGUACGAAUGUUUCGAGUCAAGUUCUGUUUGUUCAGGAGGAGAAAACGAAUAACAAUCGAGCUAUCAGUUUGCGGGAAUCAUGGUAUGAUACUCCAUGCGCAAAAGGCUCUUAUAUCCACCUCAUCGGGAGCUUUGAUCUCAUGGGACAAUGCGUACUGGAUAAUUCCGAGAAUCUGAUAAUCCUUCACCCUGAUCAUCUUAUCUCAGCAACGGUGUUGGCGGAUUCGUUUACUUGUCCGCGCCGCGCUGUUCUCCAAGACCGCGUUAAAGCCACUAGCGAGGCCAACAAGCCGCAAGUUUAUGGCCAUAUUCUUCAUGAAAUAUUCCAGGCCGCCGCGAGCGCGAACCGAUGGGAUUUAAACUGGUUGCGUGAAGUUAUUUCGAGCACUUUAGAACACUAUGUGGAGAGUUUGUAUGAGAUCCAAGUCGAAUUUUCCGAAGCCACCGAGUAUUUAAUGAGCAAAAUGCCGGCUCUCCAAGCAUGGGCAGAAACAUUCAUGCGAUCUCACCCUACGAGAGAGUCGAUCGUUGAAGACAGGAAUGGAACAAGUUCGUGUUUGAGCAUCAACAAACUUCUUGAAAUCGAGGAACAUAUAUGGUCUCCUAUGUACGGAUUAAAAGGCAAUAUUGAUGCGACAGUGCAAGUCGUCGUUCAGGAAGGCACAGAGCGGAAAACGCUUACUGUCCCAUUCGAGCUAAAAACUGGACGGAACCAUUCCAAUGAGGCUCACAGGGCACAAACGGCAUUGUACACCUUACUUCUUUCUGACAGAUACGAUAUUGACGUGACUUUCGGACUACUUUAUUAUCUCGAAUCAACUAAGACGUUCAGAGUUCGAGCUAUCCGAAACGAAAUCCGCCAGAUGAUACAGCAGCGCAACCGCCUCGCGGAGUUCAUAUAUAAAAAUUCAAAAUUACCUCCAAUGCUCAAACAGUCACGGAUAUGCAACCAGUGCUACGCUAAAAAUUCAUGCUUCAUCUACCACAAAGUUAUGGAUGACGGAGACGGGAAAAGCAGCGGAAUGGGAAGUAGUUUCCUUGAAGUUGUUGGACACCUUACACCCUCUCACCAAAACUUCUUCAAGAAAUGGGAUGCGCUUUUGACCAUGGAAGAGCGAGAUAUCAUUAAAUUUCGAAGGGAGUUAUGGACCAUGCUAAGUAAUGAACGCGAGGGGGUUGGCCGCUGCUUCGGUAAUAUUAUGGUCGAGCCGGGCACUGCCUACGAAGAAACCAGUGUACCAAAAAUUAAUCGUUUUAGGUAUACGUUUUACAAGCACAAACCACCUUCAAACUUCACUUUCGGGGACUCACAGCUCAGUGUCGGGGAGCCUAUCGUUGUUUCUGAUGAAAAGGGCCAUUUCGCACUCGCCAACGGAUACGUCACGCAUAUUAGUCGUAAGCGGAUCUCCGUUGCAGUUGACAGGCGUCUCCAUAAUGCCCGAAUGAGGUGUUCAAAUUUCGAUGCGGAACGACAUCAAGCCUUUACAGGAAUCAUGGAGAUUAUUGAAACCGGCGGCUCUGAAUCGACAAUUUUACCAGAAAGGGUUGAAGACACUAAUUUGUACCGCCUGGACAAAGAUGAAUUCAGCAAUGGAAUGGCCACCGUCCGAAAUAAUCUUGUCUGCAUGAUGGACAGGAACAUGCCCCAAACUAGGAGGCUCAGAGAUUUGAUCAUUGAUGGCCAUGCUCCUUCAUUCAACUCAAUUUCUUCAUCAACCAUACCAUGGCUUGCUGGAACCGAGCUAAAUAUUGACCAAAAGGGAGCGAUUGAGAAAGUAAUGAGCGCAAAUGAUUAUGCUCUGGUUUUAGGGAUGCCAGGAACCGGGAAAACAACUACCAUAGCCCAUCUUAUACGGGCUCUCGCAUCUCAAGGCAAAAGCGUCCUUCUUACCUCUUAUACUCAUACUGCUGUGGACAACAUUUUGUUAAAAAUAAAGGACGACAACAUCCGCACUUUGAGAUUAGGUGCCACAACAAAAAUUCACCCAGAUAUCCGAAAGUUUGCUGACUUGGCAGCUACUCCCAAAGAGACGAUAGAGGAGUUGAAGGAUAUGUAUGAAAAUUCCCGGAUCGUGGCGACAACAUGCUUGGGAAUUAAUCAUCCUAUCUUUAACAGCCGCAUGUUCGAUUUCUGUAUUGUUGACGAAGCCUCCCAAAUAACUCUCCCGGUUUGCCUAGGUCCUAUUCGUAUGGCGAAAACGUUCAUCCUUGUUGGAGACCACUAUCAGCUGCCUCCUCUCGUUCAGGAUAAGCAGGCUCAGGAGGGUGGCUUGGAUGUAAGUUUGUUUAAACUUCUCUGCGAUUUACAUCCAGCCUCUGUUGUCAAUCUGGAGCAUCAAUAUCGAAUGUGUGAGGAUAUCUUGCUCCUUUCGAACACCCUUAUAUACUCCGGACAUCUCAAGUGUGGAACACCAGAAGUUGCCAAAAGUUACCUCAAAAUCCCCAACCUCCAUGGGCUGAAACAACACCAUGUCGACGCAUCAUCGCUGUCUCCCAACCUCCGAAAUUCUUGCCUAGGAUCCCGAUAUGGACGGUGUUGGAUCCGCGAUCUGCUCGACCCUGUCGCAAGAACCAGGCUUGUCAAUACUGACCCUUUACAACCUCAGGCCGUAGAGUCAUCCAAGGGUUCCCGUAUCAUAAAUCACAUCGAAGCCGUGCUCUGCACGCAGCUGGUCGAAUCUUUCCUUUCCGUAGGUAUCUCAGCUCAGGAUAUCGGUAUCGUAACUCUCUACCGGAGCCAGUUAUCCCUCCUGAAACAGAACCUCCGCCACCACCCCAACGUCGAAAUGCACACGGCAGACCGGUUCCAGGGCCGUGACAAAGAAAUUAUCAUCAUGAGUUGCGUUCGCAGUAACUCAGAGCGGAAUGUUGGCGAAUUAUUUCGGGAUUGGAGACGUGUGAACGUCGCGUUCACUCGCGCGCGAACCAAGUUGCUCAUUAUUGGAAGCAAGAAUACGCUCCGUGAUGGCAAUGAACUACUAGGAAAAUUCGUCCACCUUAUGGAUUCGAAGGGAUGGACGUAUGAUUUGCCGCGUACCGCUGUUGAAGAACAUGUUUUUGAAAAUAUGGAGAACGGGCUGACGCAGUUGAGUCCGCUUAAAAUCACGGAAGCUAUGCGAUCAAAUUCAAUCAGUCCAAAGAAGAAGAGCCCGGCUAAGAAAAGCCCCGGUCCCGAUCAGAGUCCUCUGAAGGCUAAACAUCGCAUGGCGUUGAGCCCAGUCAAGAAGAGACAAUCAUCUGCUUGCCCAAAGAGGCCGCACAAACUGGGGGGGAAGCUCGUGGACGGUGCGAAGAUUGUAGCAACGAGACCGGUAUUGAGUGAUGUGAUGAACAAUUUGACAUAG